AUGUUGUCACGCCAUGUCCGUGCACUGGGGCAAGCGCCGUUGAUUAUCCAGCCCCUGAUACAAUUGACUCGCAGUCUGACUGGUUGGGCAACAGUCGAUCCCGAAAGGAUGAGCGGCUCAGCACCUGCGGCAUGCCUUAACCUAGUGGGCGGCCACUGGCUCCCCAGCGGCGCCUCCCGGCAGCUACCCGACCCCCUCAACGGGGAGCACUUCCUGCAGGUGCCCCACACGCAGCCGGACGAGAUCGGGCCGUUCGUACAGUCCCUGCGUGCAGUGCCCAAGUCCGGGCUGCACAACCCGCUGAAAGAUCCGCAGAGGCAGGCGGGGGGGGGGAAGGGGCCUCUGUACCUGCUGUACGGCGAUGUGUCGUUCCGUGUGGCCGCCGAGUUGCGGCUGCCCGAGGUGGAGCAGUUCUUCGCCCGGCUGAUUCAGCGUGUGGCCCCCAAGAGCCAGGUGCAGGCGCUGGGGGAGGUCCGGGUCACACGGAAGUUCUUCGAGAACUUCAGCGGGGACCAGGUUCGGUUCCUGGCCCGCGGCUUCACCAACCCCGGGGACCACAGCGGCCAGACCAGCAGCGGCAACCGCUGGCCGUACGGCCCCGUGGCCCUCAUCACCCCCUUCAACUUCCCGUUGGAGAUUCCCGCCCUGCAACUCAUGGGGGCCCUAUACAUGGGCAACAAGCCGCUGCUACAUGUGGACCAGCGUGUGAGUGUGGUGGCUGAGCAGCUGCUCCGACUGCUGCACCACUGCGGUAUGCCCCCCGCUGAUGUGGACUUGCUUCACGGCCCCGGGGCCACCGUGGGGGAGGUGCUGCGGGCGGCUCAGCCCAGGUCCACGUUGUUCACUGGCAGCCAGAGGGUGGCGGAGAGACUGGCGGUGGAGACACACGGCAAGGUGUUUUUGGAGGACGCGGGUUUCGACUGGAAGAUUCUGGGUCCCGACGUACGGGAUUUGGACUACGUGGCCUGGCAGUGCGACCAGGACGCGUACGCCUGCUCCGGUCAGAAGUGCAGCGCCCACAACUGGAUAGCUGCGGGCCUGCUGGACCGGCUCUCCUCGCUGGCCUCCCGCCGCCAGCUGUACGACCUCACGGUGGGCCCCGUCCUGAGCUGGACUACACGGGCCAUGUUGGAGCACACGAACAAGCUGCUUGCCAUUCCCGCAGGUGCCAAGCUGCUGUUCGGCGGCAAGCCCCUCAGCGGGCAUUCCAUUCCCGAGGUGUACGGCGCAGUGGAGCCCACUGCCGUAUUCGUACCGCUGGACCAGAUGCUGCUGCCCGAGUACUUCGACCUGGUGACCACGGAGGUGUUCGGUCCCUUCCAGGUUGUUACCGAGUGGCGGGAGGGCCAGCUGCCCGCAGUCCUGGAGGCAUGUGAGCGCAUGAGCCACCACCUCACCGCGGCAGUGGUAUCCAACGACAUCAACUUCGUACAGCACGUGCUGGCCCACACAGUGAACGGAACCACCUACGCGGGCAUCCGCGCCAGGACCACCGGUGCCCCCCAGAACCACUGGUUCGGCCCAGCGGGUGACCCCCGCGGUGCGGGUAUCGGUACUCCGGAGGCCAUACGCCUGGUGUGGUCCUGCCACCGGGAGAUCAUCACGGACUUCGGCCCCGUGCCGCCACACACCACACCGCUGGUGCAGUCGUGA